UGCAAAAAAUUUUGCCUUCAAUGCGCGUUGUCUUGUUUAUCGCAAAAAAGUUAAACCCAUUUUCGUCAAUUUUGAGCAAUAUAAUGCUAUAGUUUCCCUGUACCGAUGUGAGAGUUAAUUGAUAAAAAUGGAGACGUUUAUCCAGGUAAGAGUUUCAAAUAAAAAUAAAUUAUAAAAUAACAUCUGAUUAACAGAACAUUCCUUUGAUUUUUAGCGCUCAAGGAUGUUGACUUGGAGUGGACCUACGAGUGGAACCGGGUGUUCCUAGGAAAACUCAUCCCAAACCCAAUCAAGAUGAAAUGCUCCGUAAGCCAGCCAGCAUUGACCGGAGAAGAAUAAACCCCACCGUGCCAGCGACUGCCCGAAAGUGCUCCUCCGGUAAUCGACGGAGACGUACUCGUACCAAAAGCACUGCAUUCCGCAGAGGACUACGAAACCGCAGCCAUUGUAAACAAUCAUCCAUCAGUAACAGCGAGCGAUGUCCUCAUCGGAUAAAAAAGACGACGGCGGCGGCGGUGCCGAGGAUCGAUCAUCCGAAGAAUCGGAAAUCAAAAUCAAGGAAGAACCAGAUGACGUCAUGAUGGACGUUGACGGAUCCCCGCCGCCGGCGUUUGGACCAGCUGCGCUGGGUUUGCACCCGGUCGGGACAAAGUUCCCGGAGAAAACCACUCCGACGCAGCCGGUUCAGGCGUUGAACGCGCGCGGGAUGCCCGCCAAGAUACGGAAAAAGAACAAGCUGUUCUUCGAUGACGAUCUGCUGAUUAACGAUCGGAUUCCACCGAAGGGAAGCCCCCGAAAGGGCGGAACGCCAGGUGGAUUGGCAACUUCUUCGCCACAGAAGGGAUUGGUGACACCGGGGAAGACGCUGACCCGUUCCGGACAGAAGAAGAAGAUCUUGUCGCGGUAUGUCAAGAUGAAGGACAGUUUGAAAAAGCGCAAGGAGGAUCCGGAUGAAGGCACGAGCAGUACGCCCCUGCGGGUGAUCAAUCCGAUUGCCCUGCUGGACAAAAAGGCGAGCCAACGGAUUGGACUGCGGUUGAGGAAUCUGCUGAAGCUGCCGAAGGCGCACAAGUUUGUGAGCUACGAGUGGUUCUACAGCAAUAUCGAUCGGGCCCUGUUUGAGGGCGAGAACGACUUCCAGAUAUGCUUGCGGGAGAUGUACCCGGAUUUGAAGACGCGACAUUUGACGAGGGCCGAAUGGAACCGGAUUCGCCGAACCAUGGGAAAGCCGAGACGCAUUCCGUCUGAGCGGCAUCCUCGCGGGGGAACUUUACGAUGGAUGGACGAGACUGUUUGCCGAGUUGUUUUGUGCAGUUUGUGUUUGCGAGAAGUGAUCUAUCCGGAGGAAUCAAAGUCGGACAUCAUUUUCGGUACGGUUGGGGAUAAGAAAGUUCCAGAAGGCGAUGGACAGGUCAUUUACAUCAAGAUGUCAUCGGGAAGCAUUAUCGAUCUGGCGCAUUCGACAGCGAUUCCUCCUUAUUAAAUAUUAAGUUUAGAAACAUUUCGAGAUUUUUUUAAAUAUUAAUAUGUGAUUUGUGAUGUGAUUGUGAAAUGUGAUAAUAACGGAAUUUCAAUAUAUUACCGAGUAGUUA